AAGGGCACAUGGCAAAAGGGAAAGGGAAAGCCACUAAAACACCACGCGGUGCUAUAAAGCGCUCAGGAAAGCCGUCAGAUGAUCCAGAAUUAGAUAGUUAUGAACCAGAACCUCUGUUUUAUGAUAAAGAAGAAAAGAUUUUGGCUUCAUUGGUGUUUUUGGGGUCAGCAUCCCUCUACAUCUUCACCAUGUAUCCAGGCUUACCAGGAGGUGACUCAGGGGAGCUGAUGUCCACUGCUAAAGACUUUGGAGUUUCCCAUCCACCUGGUUACCCUUUGUUUACCACUAUGGCUGCUAUCAUGAUCAAUCUCUUUCCCAUUGGUAGCUGUGCUUGGAAGCUCAAUCUAAUGUCGUCUACAAUUGCUGGAAUAACAAAUAUGAUGAUGUUCAUCAACGUUAAGAGGUUUAGUGGUUCAGAUGCUGCUGGGGUGCUAGCUGCAGGCUGGUGUGGUUUUAGCAGAGUUUUCUGGAUGUGGAGCAUUCAGGGAGAAGUUUUCAGUUUGAGCAACUUAUUUAUCAUGGUCAUAAUGUAUGCUGCUUGGAGGUUUACAAAUGCCGAGGGAAGAAAUGGAAAAUAUUACGAAGCAAAACUUGGUGCUUUUCUAUGUGGUUUAUCGCUAACUAACCAACAUACAUCAGUAUUAUAUAUUUUUCCUACUGCAUUAUGGGUCUUGUAUACAAUGUUUAAAUACGACCUAGCAGAAACACAUACACUCUUCCAAGUGGGACUCCGAGGACUAGCUGGACUCUCGCCCUACCUCCAACUUCCCAUAUCUUCCAUCUUCUUUAAAGCUAGAGUCACAUGGGGCGACCACCGCUUGUUCUCUGACUUCAAGAAACAUCUCCUGAGAGAAGAUUUCGGAACAUUCCGAUUGGUUAGCAGCACUGAGCAGUCCACACUGAUUGAUAACUUCAUGGUUUACUUCAAUGACUCCAGAAAUGAGCUCACUAUAGCUGCAUGGAUAUUGUUUGUAGUUGGAAUGGCAAUAGCUCUGAUUUGGGGUUCAAGUAAACAAAAGGAGACGAUGUUAGUUUACAUGGCUAUGUUCGGCACAUACCAUAUUGUUUUCGAUUCACUCGCCAAUAUCAAGAACCCAUCAGGAAUAUUCCACGGUGUAUUGGAGAGGUUCUGGUUGCAGCCCAGUCUGGCACUGUGUUGUAUUGCUGGAUGUGGGGUUGGGAUGGUUAUUGAGUUCCUAAAGAGUAAAGCUCAGUGUCCUGCCCUGAAGUAUCUGUUCCUAUCCCUGGCUGUGCUUGCUAUUGGUUACCAGGUGCAACACAAUUAUGAGGAUUGCAACGAAAAUGACAAUCACUAUUUCUGGCACUAUUCUCGUCACAUCCUGGACGAGUUGCCAAAACAAACCAUUCUCCUGACCUCCGGGGACUUCAGUACCAACACAUUCAGAUACCACACUAUUGGUGAAGAGUACCGGACAGAUGUGAUGGUAAUGGACAUGCAGUUCAUGCAAGCCUACUGGUUUUACAUAAUGCUCAUGCCAGUUAACUUCCCUGAUGUUUCAUUCCCUGGUCUUUACAAGCCCGGAUUAGACUCCACAUAUCCUUUCUAUAACCUCAAAAAGUUCCUGGACGAAAACCUAACCAAGUAUCCUGUCUACAUGUGUGUAGCAGUACCAGAGGCAGAGAACAGUAUUGCGGGUCACUACGAGGGAUGGCCCUUUGGUAUGUGUCAGAAGUUCAUCAGAGUAUCAGACAACGUGGACCCUCUGGAGUAUGUCACUACUAUUCCUGUGAUAAAUCUGGAAGUAUAUCCUCUGCCUGAUCUGGACAGAUAUGAGUCCGAAACCUGGGAGUAUACUAUGGCUAUGAGUAUGUUGGAGACUUACACUAAACCUUCUGUCUGGCUCUGGAACAGAGCCAACUCUGUAAACGACCACACGUUGAAGAUAAAAUAUUAUGAGACAGCAAUGGAGAUGAUGGUUAAGAACAGGAAACACGUGUUUGACAUGAUGGAAAAGGGACUUGUCUCUCAGAACGUUAUAUACUAUAUCUCACCCAUGGAGAAGAAUUUAGGUCACCUAGCUCUGAUCCUGUACAGUUUUACGAAUGGUGCUGACAAAGAAAAGGGCACAUACUGGCAAGAAGAGUGCAAGAAGUACUGGAGUAAUUAUGUGGAGUGGCACAGGGACUCUGUAAUCGGUAAAGACAGCAUGUGGGGCACAAUCACCUCCGUUAUUGACAUGAAAGACUUCUCUUCUCUCCAGCUGAUCAAGUAACUGUAUGGGUGGAUGAUAUUGUUAAGUUAUUUUAGUUAGUAUUAUGUUAUCUAGGAAUAUCAAGCCUUUCCUUUAUUUCUACUAUAGUUGUUUUGAUGAGCAUGAAUUAUUUCCCCUACAAUAAUUUUGAUAUAAUAUGACUAAUAAUGACUUAUAACCUGGCCAAAGUAAUUUGUAACGUUUCCAUUUUCAUGCAUGAGUGACUAUUCCUGAUGAACAAUAAGUUUGCAAGGGCUUAUUCUUGAUAUAAUUUAGUAAUGAAAAAUUUAGUAAUAUUUCUAAUCAAAGGCUGUAUAAAGUGAUCAAAUGGCUUUGAAUAUUAAUGAUACAGAAAUAUCAAGCUUUAAAGAAAUUUUGGAUUAUUAAUAUUGAUAUAGAUAAUAUUUUCAUUCCUCGUAUUUCAGUAAUUAGCAAUGUUUUGCAUACUAUUCAUGAUAUGGAACUACAAAUGAAUUUCAGAUAACUGCUUAACUUGUAACCGUUCAGAAGAUAAUAAUUGAGAAUAUUUUACUUUAUUUAGCGUUGACUGGGUCAGCUUAGAUUCGAUUUUAGAUUUUAAGUACAUUAUCAAACGUGCGGCAAUUCAAAUUUGAGAUUGCUGAACUGAAUCAACAAACGGUCGAUUCAUAAAAUACCCUGGCAUCAAAUGUAUUUUAUUGUGCCCGAAGAUAAUAAAUAAUUAAGAUAAAUGCUGUAAAUUCACACAAUCGAAUUUAAUAAUAUAGUUAAUAAUUACUGGUGACAGCAAAAACAAUAAACAUUAAAGUGCUUACCAGAUGUUUUGGGGCUCAAACCUCUUAGACUUGUCUAAACUGGCUUUUGUAUGGGAGUGAGUGAUUGUGAGUGUUUGUGUGUGUGUGUGAGUGUUUGUGUGUGUGUGUGUGAGUGAGUGUGGAUGUUUGUCUGUUCGUGUGAGUGUUUGUGUGUGUGUGUGUGAGUGAGUGUGGAUGUUUGUCUGUUCGUGUGAGUGUUUGUGUGUGUGUGUGUGAGUGUUUGUGUGUGUGUGUGUGUGUGAGUGUUUGUGAGUGUUUGUGUGUGUGUGAGUGUGUUUGUUCAUGCAAGUGUUUGUGUAAGGGUAUAUAUGGGCAAUUUCAUGAAACAUG